AUGGUGGAGAUUAUAAAUCAAAAUUUGGUUAAUAACAAUAUUUCUUCUUGUUAUGUUCAUGGAAAAUUAACAUCUGAAGAAAAAACCAAUUCAUUCAAUAGUUUCAAGAAGGACAAAGGAAAAAAAGUUCUUGUUGGGACUAAAUUGGUUUCAGAAGGUAUUAAUAUUCCAGAAUUGAAUUAUGUUAUUUUGGUUAAUUAUCUUCCUCAAAUUCACGAAUAUAUCCAGACUGCUGGAAGAAUUAGAGGGGAGAGUGCAUGUAUUACACUGUGGAAUGAAGCAUGUAGAGAUGAAUUCUCCAUCAAUUCCAAGUGUAUCGUGAGCCAAAUGAGUAGUUUCUAUGGUCUAGCAAAUAUA